GCAGCAGGUGAACACACAGAUUGUUUCUGUUCAGGGAACCACUUUGACAGUCAGGAUCACUAAGAGGUGGAAUGGCGCAGCAAGGAAAUCCUCUGGACCAGGAGAGAAUCUCCUGUUCCCUCUGCCUGGAUCUCCUGAAGGACCCGGUGACGAUUCCCUGUGGACACAGCUACUGCAUGAGCUGUGUUAACACCCACUGGGAUAAAGAGGAUGAGAAGAAGCUCCACAGCUGCCCUCAGUGUAGGCAGACCUUCACCCAGAGGCCGGUCCUGGGGAAGAGCACCGUGUUAGCAGAUCUGGUGGAGGAACUGAAGAAGAGUGGACUCCAACCUGCUCCAUCUGAUCACUGCUAUGCUGGACCUGAAGAUGUGGCCUGUGAUUUCUGCACUGGGAGGAAGCUGAAAGCCUUCAAGUCCUGUUUGGUGUGUUUGGCUUCUUACUGUGAGAAACACCUUCAGCCUCAUUAUGAGUCACGGACAUUUGAGAAACACAAGCUGGUGGACCCCUCCAAGAAGCUCCUGGACAACAUCUGCUCUCUUCAUGAUGAGGUGAUGAAGAUCUUCUGUCGUACUGAUCAGCAGAGCAUCUGUUAUCUCUGCUUAAUGGAUGAACAUAAAGACCACGACACGGUCUCAGCUGCAGCAGAAAGGACUGAGAGGCAGAGAAAGCUGGAGGUGAGUCGACUCAACAUCCAGCAGAGAAUCCAGGACAGAGAGGAAGGUGUGAAGCUGCUUCAACAGGAAGAGGAGAAAAUCAAUCUCUCUGCUGAUAAAGCAGUGAAGGACAGUGAGAAGAUCUUCACCCAGCUGAUCUGUCUCAUGGAGGAAAGAAGCUCUGAUGUGAAGCAGCAGGUCAGAUCCCAGCAGAGAGCUGAAGUGAGUCGAGUCAAAGAUCUUCAGGAGAAGAAGCAGCAGGAGAUCUCUGAGCUGAAGAGGCGCGACAUUGAGCUGCAGGAGCUCUCACACACAGAAGAUCUCAACCAGUUCCUCCAGAACUACCCCUCAGGGUCCCCCCUCAGUGAGUCCACCUACUCAUCCAGCAUCAACAUCCGUCCUCUGAGCUGCUUUGAGGACGUGACAGCGACUGUGUCAGAAGUCAGAGACAAAUUAGAGAAGGUCCUCAGAGAGAAAGGGUCAAAGGUCUCCCUAAAGGGGCCUGAAAUAGAUGUUUUCCUGUCAGAACCAGAACCAAAGACCAGAGCUGAAUUCUUACAGUAUUCAUCCAAAAUCACACUGGAUCCAAACACAGCGAACACACGUCUGUUGCUAUCCGAGGGGAACAGAAGAGUCACAUCAACGAUACAAGAACAGUCGUAUCCUAGUAACCCAGAUAGAUUCACUGAUCACUAUCAGGUCCUGAGCAGAGAGAGUCUCACUGGACGUUGCUACUGGGAAGUGGAGAAAGGCAAGGGUGGAGUUAUUAUUGGAGUUGCAUACAAAGACUGUAAAACUGUAAAUGAGAAAUUUGGAGAUUGUCAAAAGUCUUGGACGUUGGGUAUUUUCAAGGCUCGUUAUGAAUUUAGACAUAACAAAGCCCAAACUCCCGUCUCAGGUCCUCCAUCCUCCAGAGUAGGAGUGUACCUGGACCAGAGAGGAGGUGUUCUGUCCUUCUACAGCGUCACUGAAACUAUGACGCUCCUCCACAGAGUCCAGACCACGUUCACUCAGCCUCUCUAUGCUGGAAUCUAUCUUUUCAAUCCAGUUGGAAACACUGUUGAGUUGUGUGAGUUGUAAUCGGUAAGAUUUAACAAAUAGUGUGAACAACAAUUUUUGUUUUGUCUACGUCCUUAUUCUGUAGACUGUGUUUUUUUCUGUGGCUGUUAACGCUAAUAAUGCUGUUUUUGGUUGAAUACUUGUAAAACUAUUAUUGUAACUUAUGGGAUGUGGGCAAAACUCACAGGUGAUCAGGGGAAUUUUCUUUGACAAUGCCAUACUCCUCUCUGCUGACUCUGGCUUCCUCACCGAACUCAUCCUCCUUGAGCUCAUCACCGCCUUCGACCCUGUCGUCAAACACUCCAUCCUUCCCUCACGUCCGUCGUACUGGUCUAAAUGUCCGCUGCUACGCCGAUGACACCCAACUCUACCUCUCCUCCGAGACCAUCACUGCAGGCACCCACUCCGCUCUCACUGCCUGUCUCACUGACAUCAUGGAUGCAACAGAACUUUCUCAAACUCAUCUGCAAUAUAUCUGAAAUACCCAUCAUCAGCCCUACCACCUAAAUCCGCUCAACCCAGAACUUCUCUCUCAACAUUGAUGGCUCCAUCGUCACCCCCCUCCAGUCUGCUCCGCAACCUCGGUAAGAUCCUCGACCCCACCCUUCCUUUUCUACCCCUUGCCUUACAUUGCACGGCUCCAACCCUCCAUCUUCUCUGCCACCACUGAAAUUCUCAUCCAUGGCCUCAUAACUUCUAGACUUGACUACUGCAACAUCUUCCUCUACGGCUCUCCCAACAAAAUCCUCAACAAACUGCCCAACGAACUCUGCCGCUCGACUGCUUACCUCCACCCGCCAAAUGUUACUCACCACCCGCAAAGCCCUGGACAAUCUGGCCCCCGCCUACCUUUUAGAUCUCCUGCCCCUCCACGCCCCCACCUGUUGCCUCAGGUUCGCCGAUGCCAACACCCUGAAGACCAUGAACUAUGAAAACUAAAGUAUUAUUAUGAAGCCCGGGAGGAAGUUUCUGGAUUUCUUUCAGCCUCUGUCACCUUAGGAGCUCUGUACCACAAAUGAUGUAUCAGGAAAGAUGAGGAUUUUCACAACUGAAAAUAAAAUG